AUGCGAGAUAUUCGGAUCUUAAAACUAUGUCUGAACAUUUGCGUUGGGGAGUCGGGAGAUAGACUGACGAGGGCAGCAAAAGUGUUGGAACAGCUCACUGGACAGCAGCCAGUUUUUUCCAAAGCCCGAUUCACGGUAAGAUCAUUUGGAAUAAGAAGAAAUGAAAAAAUUGCCGUACACUGCACAGUCAGAGGUGCCAAAGCCGAAGAAAUUCUUGAUAAAGGAUUAAAAGUUAAAGAAUAUGAAUUGAGGAAAGUGAAUUUCAGUGAGACAGGAAACUUUGGAUUUGGUAUUCAAGAGCACAUUGACUUGGGCAUAAAAUAUGAUCCGAAUAUUGGAAUUUAUGGCAUGGAUUAUUACAUAGUCCUAGGAAGACCUGGUUAUAAUGUAUCGAAGAAGAGAAGGGCCGUGGGCAAGGUCGGUCCCCAGCAUAGAGUCACCAAGGAGGAAGCAAUCAAAUGGUUCCAACAAAAAUACGACGGAGUCAUCCUGCCAGGCAAAUGA